GCUACAAUCGUACAAACCCCAUCACAAACACAAGAAAAAAAAAGAGAGGGUAAAGAUGAUGUCAAGUCACUCUUAUUGGUUUUCUAGUGUUGUUACCUUAUAUUUCUUCUUCUUGGUUUUCCUCGUUUUACACACUCUUGCUUCUCCUAUUCACCACUAUUGCUGUCAUGACCAGAGAGAUGCCCUUCUUGAGUUCAAACACGAGUUUCCGGUAAAUGAAUCCAGCUCAGGUCCAUAUUUAAGUUCAUGGAAUAACUAUCGUGAUUGCUGUGUUUGGGAGGGAGUCACAUGUGAUGCUAAAUCUGGCAAAGUGAUUUCACUUUACCUUUAUGACAUCCCUCUCAACAACUCUUUGAAACCAAACAGUAGUCUUUUCAAACUCCAACAUCUUCGUAACCUAACUCUUAUAGCUUGCUCUCUCUAUGGAGAGAUUCCCUCUUCAAUAGGAAACCUAACUCAACUAGAAUUUCUAUAUCUUGACUCUAACAACUUCAAGGGAUAUAUUCCUGCUUCAUUUGCCAACUUUACAAAACUCUCCCUUUUAGACCUCUCAAAUAAUCAAUUCAAAGGUGAAUUCCCUCUUGUACUACUAAAUUUAACCACCAGUUUGUCCUCGUUAGACAUUAGCUCUAAUCUUUUUAAAUCUAAGCUUUCGCCUGACAUAAAUAGAUUCCGCAGCUUAGAGUAUUUCAGUGUGGGUGGAAACUCAUUUUUUGGGCCUUUUCCUACAUCCUUGUUCAUGAUUCCUUCGUUAACAAGGGUUGAUUUGUGGGGAAACAAUUUCAAUGGACCUGUAGAAUUUAAGAAUAUAUCUUCGUCAUCUAAGCUUCAGAUUCUAUACCUUGAUCACAACAAUUUCACUGGACCAAUCCCCAAAUCCAUAUCAAAUUUUCCUUAUAUAUAUAGGUUAGAUCUUAGUGACAACAAUCUCAUUGGACCAAUCCCCAGAUCUUUAUCUAAGCUGGUCAACCUUGAUUCUCUAGAUCUAAGCCACAACAAUUUCAUUGAGCCAAUCCCUAUAUUUAUAUCAAAGUUAGUCAACCUCAUCCUUCUCAAUCUUAGCCACAACAAUUUUAUUGGGUCAAUUCCCAGAUUAAAUUCAUUAACUCUCGGGACUCUUGAUCUUUCUUACAAUAAGUUGGAAGGAAAAAUAUCAGGUUGGUUAUGGCAUGUGCCGACGUUGAUACUUUCUCACAACUCCUUCAACCGUUUUGAAAAAUCAUUGGAAGUUUCUGAUUUAUCACAUUCCGUGACAUUGGAUCUUAGUUCGAAUGUUUUUCGAGGACCAUUACCCCAUUGGAUAUGCAAGCUUAGACCGUCAACGCUAUUAGAUUUGUCCAACAAUAGCUUCAGCCGUUCCAUCCCUCAAUGUUUUAGGAAUACCGUUGCUGGUCUCACAUCACUGAAUCUAAAGAAGAACAAUUUCAGUGGAAUUCUUCCUUCGAAUAUAUUUGUCAAUGCUACCAACUUAGCGUCGCUUGACAUCAGCUACAACCAGUUGGAGGGAAAACUUCCAGAAUCAUUGGUCGACUGUACUAUGUUGGUGUUUUUAAAUGUGCAAAACAACAAGAUCAAGGACAAGUUUCCAUUUUCUCUUUCGUCAUUAAAUGUCUUGAUCCUACGGUCAAAUGAAUUCUACGGGCCUUUGUAUCAUCCUCAUGUGUCCACUGCUUUUCAAAGUUUAAGAGUCAUCGAUAUAUCACAUAAUCACUUCAAUGGAACUCUGCCACCAUUCUACUUUUCCAACUGGCUUGAAAUGAUCAUGUUAGCCGAAGAAUUUCAAGGCCAUAGCAUGUACAUGGGAUAUGUGUUAGACGGCCCUGACCUCUUUGAUGAUCCCUUCCGUUAUUCCAUGGAAAUAGUAAAUAAAGGAGUCGAUACGUUAUUUGAGCUGAUCCGGACAGACUUUGGAGCUAUCGACUUUUCAGGAAACAACUUUUCAGGAAAGAUCCCAAAAUCCAUUGGAUUAUUGAAGGGAUUGCGUCUUCUCAACUUGUCAAGUAACAGAUUCUCAAACCAUAUUCCUCAAUCAUUGGCAAAUCUGACAAAUCUUGAGGAAUUAGACCUAUCUCGGAAUCAGCUGUCAGGUCAAAUUCCUCGAAAUCUUGUCAGACUCUCUUUUUUGUCAAUCAUGAACUUCUCCCAUAAUAAUCUCGAAGGUCCAAUACCACAAAGCACACAGUUUCAAAGACAAAAUUGUUCUUCAUUCAUGGACAACCCCAAGCUCUACGGACUCGAAGAUAUAUGUGGAAAAACUCAUUUCCCUAAUCCUACACCACAAGAAUCUGAGGAUUUAUCUGAGCCAGAAGAACAAGUGAUUAGUUGGAUAGCAGCAGCGAUAGCUUAUGGACCUGGUGUUUUCUGCGGAUUGGUGAUAGGACAUAUCUUCUCUCAAGGCAUAUACAACUGGUUCAUGUAAAAGUUCUGCCGAAAGCAAUUCCAAGAUAGUCACUAGAAGUGCCCCCUAGGACUCAAUCUCUCUUUAAGUGCUUGUGAAACAUAUGUAUGUGUGUGUGAGUUCUCCCAACGUACUUUUCAAUAUAUAAUUUUGUAAUAAAUGUCUUUUGGUAGUAUUGAUCUUAAACUUAAAAUGCAUUCAAAACUGGUGUGUGUGUGGUUAUCUGUAAUGCUAUUUUUUAUUUCUCA